GAGAGAGAGAGAGAGAGAUAGAUAGAUAGAUAGAUAGAUAGAGAGAUAGAUAGAUAGAUAGAUAGAUAGAUAGAUAGAUAGAUAGAUAGAUAGAUAGAUAGAUAGAUCCUCUUUCUCUGAUUCUGUUUCCAGACUGUCCAAUAUCAGCUGACGUCACUAUUGGCAGAUGCAUCAUUCCACAUCGCUGAAUAACUGAGUCAGCUAUGUUCUCCUCGUCCAAACCCUCCCUACUCUCGCCCUGGACCUCCAUGGAUCAAGCUGACUCGGACGCUUUGGAUAUCAGCACCAAAGUGCAACUGCAUGGGGUUCUGUGGAAGAGACCUUUUGGGAGGCCCUCAGCUAAGUGGUCCCGCAGAUUCUUCAUCAUCAAGGAUAGUUUUCUUUUGUACUAUGCUGAGAACGAGAAAAAAAGCUUUGAGACCAAUAGAUAUUUCAACAUUCACCCUAAGGGGGUGAUUCCAUUAGGUGGAUGCAUCGUCGAGCCAAGAGAAGAUCAAGGCAUGCCAUUUGCCAUGGUUAUCAACCAUGAGGACUUUACAGGAAGCAUUGUCCUGGCUGCUGAAUCGGUGUCAGAGCAGAGCCAGUGGGUGGAAAUGCUACAAGAGUCAGGAAAAGUCACCUGGAAGAAUGCUCAGUUGGGUGAGGCUAUGAUUGAGAGUCUUGAAGCUCAGAGCCUACAGCUGGCUAAGGAAAAACAGGAAUAUGUGGAUAAGCUCAUGGAGGAGACAGAGGAACUGUGCUUGCAAAGAGAACAGAAGGAGGAGCUGGAGAGACUGAAUCAAUUGCUGGAGGAAGAAAAGCUGAAGUUUGAGGAAGUGGUUCAAGACCUGAGAGCAGAACAAGAUCAAGUUAAACUAGAUCUGGACGGUACUGCUCAGUGUCUGACAGGAGUGGAAAAUGAGAAAGAGGAGCUUCAUAAUCUUACCACACUUCUGCAGAAGUCUUUAGAGGAGUUAUCCCAAGAGAAAAAGCGUACCCUCGAGCUGCUGCGAGAAAGAGGACAGGAUGUGGCUGAAACAGGAAGUGAUCGACGGGCUUCUUUAGACUCUCAGAAUCCAGAGGUGCAGCUUCAGGGCAACCUGCGGCAAAUCGAGGAGCGGAUGAGGGGCCUGCUUAAAGAGAAAGAACAGGCAGAAGAACGGCUGAAAGAAAAUGAAACGCGAGCCAAAGUUCUGCAGGAGGAGAGGGAGUUUUAUUCUUCUCAAGCUCAAGCUCUCCAGCAGUCGCUCACACAGCUCACAGCAGACAAACAGCACACCGAAGAAGAGCUGAAGGCGGAGAUGGAGUCUCGUGUGGAACUGGAGCGUAGGCUGAAAUUGGCUGAGGAGGCGCUGCAAGAUCUAGAGCAGGGUCUAAAUGCAAUAGAACACACCCAUGAGAGGGAUGAAAGAAUGAAAGGAGACGUCAGCCAUCUCCGCAUGUUCUUUGAGGAAUGUAUUUGUGUUGCGGAGAUUGAGGCCAAGUUACCAUCCAUCAUGAAGAAUGCCGUGUAUCUGCAUAAAGCUGCUGCUCGACGCAUCAAAAGCUGCCGUAUCCAGAGACGGGCCUCUAGGCAGCACUGGUUGAAGCACUCUCAAUCAUUUGCCUCUUCUCGUGGUGCCUCCUCCACCAGUCUUGAAGAGCUGAGAGAAACAGCCCUGCGUCUGACUUCAGACAGCUGUUUGAGACAGCGGGCCUUCAAGAUCAUCAGCCACCAGAAGACCGUUCAGUCUGAGGACUAACAAUAUUCUGACAGAUGGACUGACAGAACAUCCUGGGAGAGAGGGGAAGUUGUUAUGCUGUGUAACUUCUGGUGAAAAGUUAGACAUUCAUAUUUCAGUAACGGGAGUCGACACAUGCAGAGUGCUGUCAUACUUUGGGACUAUAUGACCUUCAUAUUUUGUCCUUGUAGAUUUAUAACAUGGUAGAACAAUAUAAAUGCGAAAUGUCAAAUGUUUGCUUUUAGUGAAAAUAAAUGUUAUUCAAAUUAAAAUGUAUUUAAAACCUAAGGAGAAACAGUACAAUGACCUGUAAAAUCUCAACACAGUAACUAUGUCGAAACUGAAAAUAUGUGUGUGUGUGUGUGUGUGUGUGUGUAUGAUAGAAUGAUAGAAUGUAUAACAGCUUUAAUAAAGGAAAGAAUUACAAUCCCAUAGAGCAUUGCAAAUGACAUAAAUUAAUAAUAAUGGACUUAAAUAUUUAAAGAAUGGUUGAUUAAAGAUAUAAACCAUAAUAUUUUAUGUUUAUUGCAAAAUAUGCAUUUGUAGUAUAUGCAUAUUUAUGUAGUUUAAGCUUGUAGGAAGACCGACUCAGGCCUAUAUAAGUUAUCCUUAAAGAUCAAUUUCCUAAUGGAGAAAAUUAAUGACAUUUUUGUUUUACUAAUUUUAUAUAUUAUGUUAUCGACUGUUAGACUCUAUGACAUAGUUGAGCCAAACCUGUCUAUCACAGGACAGAGAUCACAGGAUUUCAGCUAGAACUAACUUUUGACAAAAUAUGUAUUUACUGCAUAAGUUUAUUAACCCUUCCAAAUUAUUCUAAAAAAAUCAAAUG